GGGGUCGCGGUGACUGAGAGCCCCCACCCCCUGUCUCUCUCUCACUCCCUCUCUCUCUCCCCCUCUGCCUCUCUCCCCCCCCGGCUCCUCCUGCGCCCGCCCCGGCACCGAUUGUUGACAAAAGACGCUGCUAGACGGAGCCAAGGAGCCCAGCGCCCGGUACCGGUGUGGCCGAGGUGAUUCGGUUGUCGGUGGUGGUCGGACCGCAGCGAGCCGGUGUGAAGUGCCCCCCCACCCCCCUCCAACACACAUUCACCACUAACGACUGGUAUUUACCGACAAAACCAGCGGCCAACAUGGGACACUCAUUGUGAGCUAAGAGGAGGAGGAGGAGGAGCAGGAGGCAGCGGCCUUGGGCAGGUCUAUCCAGCCGGGAAUGGUGUGAGCUGAGACGGCCAGGCAGUCUGGAUCUGACCGGGGACCCGUCAUUCCCCCGGAGCCUCCGCGGCUCUAAGCCGCGUCCUGAGCCCUCCAAGAUGGGGAAGUGCGACGGUAGAUGCACGCUGCUGGUGAUAUGUUCACUACAACUGGUGGCCGCCCUUCAGAGGCAGGUGUUUGAUUUCCUGGGUUACCAGUGGGCUCCCAUCCUGGCCAACUUCCUGCACAUCAUGGCCAUCAUCCUGGGCAUGUUCGGCACCGUGCAGUUUCGCUUCAGAUACCUCAUCUUUUAUGCAGUAUGGCUCGUCCUCUGGGUGGGCUGGAACUCCUUCAUCAUCUGUUUCUACCUGGAGGUCGGAAAUCUGUCUCAGGACAGGGACUUUCUCAUGACGUUCAACACAUCUCUCCAUCGUUCGUGGUGGAUGGAGCACGGUCCCGGUUGCCUGGUAACGCCAGUCCUAGACUCUCGCAUGGCCCCCGAUGACCACCAUGUCAUCACCGUCUCCGGGUGUCUCCUUGACUACCAGUACAUCGAGGUGUUGAGUUCUGCGUUUCAGAUCUUGUUGGCUCUCUUUGGCUUCGUGUACGCCUGCUACGUGAGCAAAGUCUUCCAGGACGACGAGGACAGCUUUGAUUUCAUCGGUGGCUUUGACUCUUACGGAUACCAGCCUCCUCAGAAGUCCUCUCAUCUGCAACUGCAGCCACUGUACACGGCUGGUUAAUCGUUGGUAGCACCCCCCUCAGGCCAAAGCCCCGGCGGCGUCACUGUGGAUGGGAAGUGGCAGUGGCCCUGAUUACACUCACUCUGUGUGUCACAGUUUACCCGAGCAAUGGACUUAACCCACCCCAGAGGGAGAGGCGUCGUGUGCGUGUGUGCAUGUGUGCUUGUGUCUGAAACGGAGAACUACAGCCCUGAUUAGAAUGUAUAGAGCUCAGGGAAGAACCAGCACGCCAGGUGGUCUGAUAAGAUGAGUGGAAAAGCAGGAGGCGGAGGAGGAGGGGGGGGGGAUACAGAGAACAAGAGCUGGGGACACCUCUGUCAAAUCACUGAGGACACGCUUCACUAAACUGCCAGCUCUCAACACUCCCACAAGUGUGUUUGUUUGUGUGUGUGUGUGUGUGUGUGUGUGACUGUGUAACUCCACAGAACUAGCAGAUGCUUUGUGGUUGCACCCUGGACUCUUACCACUCAGUGCCGUUGUGAAUUUUCUUUUGUUUUUUGGGAGUUCUUGUGUGUGUGUGUGUGUGUGUGUGACUGCGUGUGUGUGUGUGCUUGCGUGUGUG